AAAACAGAAUCUUACGACUUGUGGUAGGCGAAGAUGCUAGUUGUUUAUAAUUAAAUUAUACUAUUUAAAUACAUUUUCAUUCAAAAUUGGUGUUUGUGUUAACAGCUAAUCAGUACCUGCGGUUUGAGUGUUCAAAAUGUCUGAAUCUAAGGAAAAUAUCUUUCUAUUCGUGCCAAACAUUAUCGGUUAUGGGAGAAUUAUUUUAGCAGUUAUCGCGUUUUAUUAUAUGCCAACUAAUUGUUUGCUGGCCGUCGUAUGUUAUGUUACAUCGGCUUUGCUUGAUGCGAUCGAUGGGCAUGCAGCGCGAAUCUUUAAUCAGAGUACUAAGUUUGGAGCAAUGUUGGAUCAGUUAACAGACCGCGCUGGCACCGCUGGUCUUCUAAUGACGCUUGCUACAUUCUAUCCCGAGUACACCUUCUGGUUCCAAUUGUCUAUGAUCAUCGAUAUAACAUGCCACUGGCUGUUCCUACAUACAUCCACAUUGCAAGGGAAGACUUCCCACAAGUUCAUUGAUAUGUCGGAGAAUCCUAUAAUGCAUUUGUAUUAUACUAACAAAACAGUUCUUUUCUGGAUGUGCGCUGGAAAUGAAGCAUUCUACGCAGCCCUGUAUGUCAGCUACUUCUAUACAGGAUUUACCAUUCUAGGGCUCGGAAUAUUCCAGUGGAUCACAAUAUUGUCGGCACCUGUUGCGUUUGUGAAGACUCUGAUCUCCGUGCUGCAUGGUAUCGUGGCAUCCAUGAACCUGGCUACCAUUGACGUGAACGAGAGAGCCGCCGUAAAACAGAAUUAGGUAUACCAAAGUACUACAAUCUCAUUACUUAAUGUAUGUUAUGACCCCAAUUCAAAAGCAUUAUAGAAUUAAUGUUAUUAUGUAUUAGAGCUAUUUUUCCACUAAGUGACUAAUCACGGUUCACUGACAUGUUUGCUUGUGGCUACUUGUUAGAUUAUAUUGAAGCUGUAUUUUAAAAUGUAUGUCAAAAUAACGCUUAAAACUUUCAUGGCGCUUGCGACCUUUUUGGUCACGAGCAAAUACUCACCCCGUUAUUCAUAAUGGUCCGCUAACUUUAAACAGCCGCUUAGGAGUGUUUUUUCUCAUUCUGUCUUAGGUCAAUAGAAGAAGACAGAGUGAGAAUUAGCAAUGCUUUAAGUUAGCAGACUAUUAUGAAUAAGGGGGUUAUACAUUAUAAGCGCUUUCUAGUGCUGUGUGAUUUAUUUAUUUUUAUAAUAUUGACACAUUCUUACACAAAUUAUCUUGGCCAAACUAGGCAUAGCCUGUCUAUGGGUACAAGAAAAUGAUAUAUUUAAUACAAUAUACUUACAUAAACAUAUAUAAAUGAUUCCACGUACCGGAAUUCGAACCUGGGACCUCUAGCUCAGUAGGCAGGGUCAAUAUCCACUGGGCUAUAGGGGUCGUAAUUGUUUCAUUAUAGCGGUAAAUAAUGUAUUAGCGCUGCAGCAAACUUACUUUAUGAUACUACGACAGCCUCUCAAUGUCUCGAAUAUUUCUAGAUUUAUCUCGUAUUUAUUAGGCAUCAUCUCACUGACAUUGCUUUAUGUUUCCAAAACUGGACUCGUAUAAAUAGAAGCAUAUCGUAACUUUUUUGUAGGAAUAUGUUUUCAAACGUAAGCAGAAACUAAAAAUCAUCACUAAAUACAUUUUCUAUACAUCUGAUGGUGUAUAUCGACUACCAUAUUAUCGCUAUAGAGAAUACAUAUGAACCAAUCUGAAUUCAAGAAAGUGGUAAAUUGUGGUUGCCGGUGGUUUUAUCUCUCGCACACUGUUUUGUCCUAAGAGUAAACUCAUUUGAGUAAACUCAAAUCUAUUAUCUGUUCCUAUGAGAACGUAUUGCACUUUUGUUCCUUUUAAUAAGAGAAAUUGUAUAGGCUUUGAGUGGUAUUCUUUGAAGUGCCCAAUCUUACCUAUCUUAAGCCAAAUAACAAUUAUUAAUAUUACUAACGACGUUUUAACACGGCUAAUUCUACUGAAAUCGUAGGCAAGUGUUUAAUGCGCUUGGUGGAAAAUAGCUCUUAUAUUUAAAGGUAAAUAUUUAUCUCCUAAAUGUUUAGGAUUUAGAAUUAGACUAAGAUAAAAUAUGUAUGUUCAAGCUUUGUUUAUAAUUUUGAACUUAUAUGUACGUUGUAACGAUUUUCAAAUGAGGCGAAUCAAUGCAUUGUUUAGUGGUUGGGCUAUUAAAAAGCAAUUUGCUUAAGAGCGUCAUGACCUCGAUAGAAGGCGAGUUAUGGACUACAUGAAAUAUGGCUUUACUCUAUUUUUACAAAUAAGUCGCAGCUACUGUGAGAGUGGGUUACUUUAACCAGUAAUUUAAACUAUAUACAGUAAAAGCUCCUUAUUCAAGCUACCUGUAUUCGCAUGUUUAAAAAAUAAAUUCCCGGCUCCAAGAUUACUCAUGUGCAUGCUCAAUCUCGGUAUGCGAGAUCCCGCAAAGCCGAGAUUGGAAGUCCUAGGACUAUUCCUAGGAACGUGACUUUUUCUCAUAAAAUAUGUAGCGCAUGUUAGCAACACAAUAAUUCGUAUGCAAUUUAAAAAAGCUAUGUUACGCAGUACACUAAUUACGGGUUACCCCCAGGAAGAUUGUAACCAACUCUUACGGUAGGUACCUUUUAUUUGUCUUUUUAUAUUUUGUUAAUUGAACUUUAUUUUACGAUGUUAUCAACAACUACGUUUUGCGUUUGUUACUGUUGUUGCUAGUCAGCCUAGCAAUAUUUUAUUGUAUAUUUGCAUUUAUUUGAUAGAUCAUUUUAUUAAUUUUACGUAUAAGGUAGCAUUUUUUGUACAAUUCCUUGGUAGGUAGGUACAUUAUUAUAGUUAGGUACUUACCUAUUUAUUUGUUUAGGUUUUCGGUUAAUGACAUGGAUUCGCAAAUAUUAUUUGUUUAUUUUUAUAUUAUGUACGAAAAUGAUGAAAUAGUUAAGCUCUGUUCAAACUGAGGCGAAUAACGCGCGGGGCGCGGUACUGAAGUCGCUCGCGCCGAUUGUGUCAGCUAACUUGUAUGGACGUGUUCAAAUUGACGCGAGUAGUCGCUCAAGUUGAAGCGAAACAAGAGCGGGUCGUCCGGCGGGAUUGUUUGAUCUCACAAUGUAUGAUGUUUCUCCACUGAAGAACCAAAAAUAACACGCGAGAAGUCGCGUCAGUUUGAGAGGCUAAGCGAUCGAGCGAAUUGCUCUAAAACGCUCAUCCCGCGCGUUAUUCGCCUCAGUGUGAACAGAGCUUUAUUACGCAAACUUUUUAUUGAUAAGAGGUGCGGAUCAUUAAAAAUGAGAGUGAUUUUGACCCAAAUAUAAUUAAAUACGAAAAAUGUGCUAUGUGAUAGUAGAUACCUAUUUAAGAAACCCUAUUCUGGUAAUAGUUUCAUUAAAUGAUUCCACUCUGUAUAGUUACUAGGGAACACAUUAUUAAAAUGUUAAUAUAUUAUUUUCAUGACAAUGUCAGUAUCAUAAUAAAUUGACUUGGUCAAUUCCCUAAGUGAUUUAAUCAAAUCACGGAGUAAUGUUUAAAUCACUUAAGGAAUUGACCAAAUCUCUCUUAUAAUCAUAUCCUUGCGACAUAUUUAUUAUUAUAUAUAAUAAAUUCUGAAGGCAUUUUAUUUUCUAAUAAAUAUUUUUGUGUGUU